ACAUACAGUAGAGAUUAUAAUAUUAUGGCUUAACGAGCGGUUGAUUAUUUAAUAUAAAAACUCCAUACUGUGAUAACAAGUCGUAAGUGAUACCUACUUGGCUGCACUCAGAUUGGAUACAUCAUGGAUGACAAAGUUAAAGUUCAAGAUGUGGAUCCCCAAUCUUCGUGGCUUUUAAAGCGGCAUUUUAAUCACAAUGCAAAAUACGCCCGUUUUGGAGAUGCUGGAUCUUGUCAACUUAUGGCGUACAAAGAAGAUGCCGAAAACUUCAAAAAUAUGGUAAUAAGACCGGACGAUGUCUGGGUGGCCACAUUUCCACGAUCUGGGACAACAUGGACUCAAGAAAUUGUCUGGUUACUGAUGAAUAACUUUGACUUCGAUAAGGCUACGAAGACACCUUUGCACAAUAGAUAUAUGUUCUUGGAGAUACAACAUACAAGGUGCCCAGAAACAGUUCAGAACAUGGAUCCAGAGAUACUCAAAAAAGCCAUGGAAUAUGUAAAAACUUAUGAAGACGCAGUAGCAGCACCAUCUCCCCGGUUCUUCAAGACGCAUUUACCAUUUUCACUUUUGCCAUCAAAUUUAGUGGAUACUGCCAAAGUGGUGUAUGUUGCACGAGACCCGAGGGACGUUGCUGUGUCGUACUAUCAUCAUACUAAGCUUUUUUGGAAGUAUACUGGUGACUUUAAGAGUUAUUGGAACCUCUUUUUAAAUGACUUAGUCAUUUGGGCUCCAUUUUUACCACAUGUAAAAGAGGCAUGGGCACUCCGGCAUCAUCCAAACUUGCUCUUUAUAUUCUACGAGGACAUGAGAAGGGAUUUACCAUCAAAUGUCAAGCUGAUAGCCGAUUUCCUUGGCAAGGAAGCUACAGAAGAACAAAUUAUGAAGCUCUGUGACCACGUGGACAUAAAGAACUUCAAGAAGAAUGAGUCUGUGAACCCUUCGUGGAUGACUAAGAUGAAUGGUACCGUUGAAAACAAUAACAACUUUAUAAGAGAAGGUAAAACAGGCGGUUGGCGCGAACACUUCGACGAGGAGAUGACGGCACAAGCGGAGCGAUGGCUGCGGGAGAACCUAGCUGACUCCGACCUGCGAUUUCCUGAGGUCUAAGGUCCUGGGACCAGCGUCAUAAGCGCUUACAGCUUGGCAAAAAAUACUAGAAAAUAAUAGGGGCGCCACUGUCUACGUGUAUCGGUUUGCAUGUGGCACUUUUUUAUGAGAACAGUGUUGCUAUGGUAAAAAAAUAGUUCCAUUUCUACUCUUUUUUUCCAAGCUGUACGCUUUGUAGGCGUAUCGUAGCUAGCUCAAUAUGUCGCACUUCUAUAAUGGCGCGACAGAACCUGCGUUUCGGUCGCCACAUAGCGUAAACGAUCGUCACUUCGACUAGAUAAGUAGGUCCAAAAAACGUACCUAUGUAUUUUUAUAAAGUCGUAGAAUUUUUGUAAAACAAUACCUGCCAUCAAUAAAUAAAAUUCCUUGCUCCGGCAGGCAAGUAUGGUCGCGCGAUAAAUGAUAAAACAUCUGGCCCCUAUCGCACAUUACAAAUAAUGAAAAAAGGUUGAUAUCGAAUGCGUUCUAUUUAGGUGUUCUGCAAACAUAUUAUGUAACUAUAUGAAGAAAUAGAAUGAUUAUUUUUAUUAUACUUAUUAUCAAAUAUGUUAAAUGACUUCAUCGUUAUUUGUAAAAUUUUAUAUAUCUUUUAUCCAUGCUAUAAUCUUACGGAUAUUCCGAUAACUGAUUGUUUAUAAAAAGGUAAUUUACCUUACCUCGUACUGAUAAAUAUUGUUAUGAAAAUAUCUCUAAUUGAUUUAUUUGUAAUUUGUUUACAUACCUGCAUGUUGUUUUUGAACGAAAGAUUAGGUACUCAUAUUCUAAUAAACAUAUUGAUAAGAUUAAAUUUUUA